UGCUCCUUGCCCAAACUUGCCAGAGUAUUUUGAGAUAAUUGUCUGUAAAGAAAGUGUAUCAGAGCAUUGAGAUCCCCAGAGGAAAGGCAUUACAGAAAUGCAAAGUAUUAUCAGUAAUGCAUACUAUACAUAGAACAUUUGUCAGUCCCUAACACUUCAAUCAGUGGGGUCUGGUUUUCCAGCCCGUGUUUGAAAAACAUGCGUUUGCGCGCGCACACGCGCACACACGCACACAUGCAUCUUGCAAAUCAAAUGAGUUAACACUCCGCUGACUUCCUCUGGACAUUGACUUCUGGUAUCAAAUUCUUUGGAAAAUUAUGCCUGGUUUUCCAUUCCCCUGACUCCAGCCCCUACCAGCAAGCAAGUCCUAUCUCUGAGUUGAAGCUCACAGAGAAUUUUCAAGAGAAUAUGUAGCUGCAUUGUCAACAAAAUCCUCUCUGCAAAAUGGGAAGAAAGAGUUGUUAACUGAUGACUCAAUCCAGCUUUUGUAGCAGUUUAUCUUUGUGGUAUUUCCAAGAGCAUAAAUGUUACAAAAAAAUAAAAGUCAGAGAGAGAAAGAUGGUCAUGACAGGAAGAACUAAGUAGAAAAAAAAACAGGGACAUUUAAGCCAAAAGCAAUUUACUUUGCCAGUAACCGGUUACAUUUCCUUUGUUUUAUUAUUAUUAUUGCAAAAGUUGGGUUUGAGAUGAAAGUUUCCCACACCUGUGUGGCCUGCCGCCUAACUUGUCUGAGCCUAUAGUGAAGUAAAUAUAUUAUAAAUUAACGUCAGCAACUCCAAGCUUCUAGACCCUUACCCAAAAAAGCCUUGUGCUGCUAUAUUUUCAAGAAAAUAAGGAGACUACAUUUCACUAAUUUUCGAAGGUAUUACAAAAAAGAAAACAAACAUAGUAGAUAGAUAGAUGUCAGACUAGCCUAGAGCACCAAGAAGCAGCUUGGUUCUCCUGGGAUUAACACCUACAGAAAUAGAGAGAAUGACUUCACAAAGAUGAAUACUUGUUAAUUUCGUGGCACUGAGUAAGAUGAACAGAUGGGCAGUCAGAGAGGAAAGGUGGUUUUUUGAACCACAGAGCUCUUUCACUGAUUGAGCAGAAAAGCCAGUGGUCCCCUGUGAAGGAGCAUUGCAUGGUGCUCUGUAGCUCCUCGGUUUCUAAGUUUCAUUGGGGUUUUGCAGUUUUUGGUUUUCAUGGAAGUCCUGUCAUCUGCUGCUGAGCGGGACAGAUGGGGACGCUUCUUGCCAUCAAGUCACUAGGAUGCGUUUGUUGCCUGGGCUUGGCUGCAGUGCCCUCGUAACAUCUAAUAUCACAGAGUUCUUUCUUUUGGGGAGAGGUCCCUGUUGACAGUCAGCCCAAGUUAGUAAUAUAAAGACCUCAUUACGAGACGGAGUGCCCGAGUCUGUGUGCAUGUGUCUGUUAGAGAGAAGUUGGUUAAAGCAGGUGAGGCUCUGGAUAAAGUCCAGUUGCCUGGGUCAGAAUCCUUCUUCUACCAGUAACUAGUUGUAUGACCUGAGACGAGUAAUUUCUCUAUAUCACAGUUUCCUGGUCUGUUAAAUGGAGAUAAUAGCACCUUCCUCAUUCGUUUGUUGUGAGUUUUAAAUGUUAUUGUGUGUAAAGUUAUUAGAAUGUGACUAGCACAUAGAAAUUGUUCAAUAAAUGUUAGCUAUUAUUGGUAUUCACAUAUAAUACUGAAAAUUUGUGCAAUGGGCGUUUAUUGGACUCUAGGAUGAGCCAAGACAGGGAAUAGGCAAUGGAUUAUAUAUAUACACAUGUAAAAAGUAAGUGUGUCUAUUGCUUUAAUAUUAUUAUUUUUUUAAAUAGAACUGACUGGAGCCAGGUAUGAUAUCAGGAAGUGUACCACUGGCUUCUCAGCAUGGCUUUGCUGGUUGAGAGCAGUCUCCCCUAACAUACUGGAGCUGGUCUAAUUCUGGAGUCUGAGAAUUUUGGUUCUCCCAGGAGGUGUAGCUCCAUCUAGGGUAGCUGGGAGUGGGUGGGGCUGUCUCCUAUAUAAAAAAAUUAAAGGCCAGACCCCCCUCCAACCACUACUACACCAGCGAGCAUUUGUUUUUACUUACUCGCCUAGCAAAUUAUUUGUUUUCUUGACCCUGGAGGGGAAAAAUUUGACCUGGGGACCAGAAUAUUUGCUGUCCCCAAGAGCCAGCCCUUUAAUCCCAAAGCCUCACCCCAGGACCUCGGGAAUCCAAAAGGUCUCUAAUUGUAUUAUGGUGGCACAGGUACCCCUGAGACUUUGAACAUCCAGGCAUUCAUGCCUUGUGUGUGGGACCAGAGCAUGGCGCUAUGGAGAAACCAGACUGAUGGCUUAACAGAAGUUUAGUUUUCCAAUCUCGAUUCCCAGUGCAAACUUCAGUGAUUGAAGUCACUGGUUUACGUUCGCCGAGUUUGAGGAUAAGGUGAAUGCAGGUUUUACAGGUGUCCCCAGUGUGGCACGCACACCAUGUGGUCAGAUCAUGAGGAAAGGAAGGAUGAGUCUGUGGGCAUCUUUAUUUCCAUUAAUCAUUCGUUCAUUGGACAAAUUCAUGUUACACAACCCCACCUCCUGUGUGUUGUGCUGGGGCAAGAUGGGAGAUGAGUCCAAUGUGAUCCUGCCCUUGAAGACUUUCCAGUCUGGUAAGAAGAUGAGCCAUAAAGCACAACUAAAGUACAGGGAAUGAAGUGAUGUAUUCCAUAAGGGAAGGGCAGAAGAAGAGUUCAGAGGAGAGAGCAAAAGAAGUAUUUGAGUUUGAGCCUGGAGUAGUUGGUGGGAUGCACCUAAGCAUACCUGAAAUAUCAGUGUUCUUGCCUCAUGAGAAACAAAAAAGGUUUUUCUCUUGAUCAAAUUUUAUUUAGAGUUUAAGUUUCUGAGACCAGAAUAUCAGGUGCUAGUCUGUUCUAAAUUUAUAAUUCUCAGAAUCUGCUGGAGAAGGACAUGUGCUUUUCUAGGUUCUGAAAACAGCUCAGAGAAUGGAGAAAACAGAUCCAAUUUGGAGAUGAGUUAUCAUUGGUUCCCGGAACCUUUGCCUUCAUUUAAAACAGUACGUUCACAGCAAGUUCUGUCGAAAGAAAGGCCUUUUGGAUGUAAAUGCUUUUCUGGAAAUAAAUGCCUUUUAGGUUUAAAUGCUUUUCACCAAAAUGUUAGGAAGGGAAGAUCUCUGAGAACAGGGACUGUAUUGUUUUGUCCCUUUGGACGAAAUGCCCCAGACCUAUCCCAAGUUCUGUUUAUUUCUGUCAGCAUUCUGCUUGGCUACUAUUUUGAUAGGGGACACGAAAGCACAUCCUUCCCUCCUGCACAUUAAAGUCUUAGCACUUGGGUCAGUUGUGGAAACACUUAUGUGCUACACAAAGUCUUCUAACCAAAACAGUCCACGCCCUGGCUGCAGGCUGAGGACCGUGACAUUUCCAGGGGCCGCGGCAUCCCUUUCUGCCACGGGAGCUGGAGGUCAGGACCCACCCCGUGCAGGGAGGUGGGGAGAGCAGAGCCCAGCCCCCGCCCGUCUGGCAACUCCAGCAAAGACCUCGGAGCUCAUCCCACACACUCUCCGUGCUAGUCACUGCCGUGUGUUUACAUGAGUAAUGGAGCUGCCGGGGGAGGGGAGCUGUGAGCCGCGCGCAGCCCCGGGCAGCCCGCAUUCGGAGGAAAGCUGACGUCCACACCACAGCAGUCGAGACUUCCAGGGACGGGGCCGUGGCGCAGUCACAUGCUGUAGUUUUCAUGCGCACAGACUUCAAUCAGGCAGAUGUUUGUCGACUGGAAUGGCGCCAAAUCUUAAAGGCAGACCACGCAAAAAGAAAUCAUGCCCACAGAGAAGAGAUUCAUUCAGUGGUGUUAAGGAUUCCAACAAUAAUUCCGAUGGCAAAGCCGUUGCCAAGGUGAAAUGUGAGGCCAGGUCCGCCUUGACCAAGACGAAGAAUAACCAUAAUAACUGUAAAAAAGUCUCAAAUGAAGAAAAGCCGAAGGUUGCCGUUGGUGAAGAGUGCAGGGCCGACGAGCAGGCCUUCCUCGUGGCGCUCUAUAAGUACAUGAAAGAAAGGAAAACGCCAAUAGAACGAAUUCCCUAUUUAGGUUUCAAACAGAUUAACCUUUGGACUAUGUUUCAAGCUGCUCAAAAACUGGGAGGAUAUGAAACAAUCACGGCCCGCCGUCAAUGGAAACAUAUUUAUGAUGAAUUAGGCGGUAAUCCUGGGAGCACUAGCGCCGCCACUUGUACUCGAAGACAUUAUGAAAGAUUAAUCCUACCAUAUGAAAGAUUUAUUAAAGGAGAGGAAGAUAAGCCCCUGCCUCCAAUCAAACCUCGGAAACAGGAGAACAGUUCACAAGAGAAUGAGAAUAAAACAAAAGUGUCAGGAACCAAACGCAUCAAACAUGAAAACCCCAAAAGCAAAAAAGAAAAAGAAAAUGCCCCCAAGCCCCAAGAUGCAUCAGAGGUGAGUUGCUCUCCUCCACAGGAAGACCUCGGCAACACAUGUCCCGCUGCUGUCUUCUGGAGCCCUGAAUAUAUGGCUCUAUCCCUGUGCGUUUGCAUUGCUAGGGUUUCAUCAGAGCAAGAGAAGGAACAAGAGACUUUAAACCAUAAGAGCAUCCCUGAGCCUCUCUCAGCAGCAGACAUGAAGAAGAAAACUGAAGGGUACCAGGAUUUUGCAGCAAGGCCCCUGGCGUCUAGAGCAGACCGGGAAAAGGAUGACGACACAGAGCAGGGUUCCAACAGCGAGAAGGUGGUGGAGGAGAGGGCGGAGAAGGGAGCUGCCCCUCCACUCCCAGCAGCAACUCUGGCCCCUGAAAGGGAUCCUGCCCUGAUCGCCGGGGCUGGCAAACAGUCACUCAGCUCUCCCACUGCCCUUGUGGACUCAAAACCAGAACCCAAGCCCUGCUGCUUUACAGAGAGCCCCGAGAACGAACUCCAAGAAGCAUCCUUCCCCAGCUUCCCCACCCCGCAGCCACCAUUGGCAAACCAGAAUGAGGUGGAAGAUGACAAGCUGCCAGCAAUGGCAGAUUACAUCGCCAACUGCACUGUGAAGGUGGACCAGCUGGGCAGUGACGACAUCCAGAGUGCGCUGAAGCAGACCCCGAAGGUCCUCGUGGUCCAGUCGUUUGACAUGUUCAAAGACAAAGAUCUGACUGGGCCCAUGAACGAGAACCAUGGGCUUAAUUACACUCCCCUGCUCUACUCGAGGGGCAACCCAGGCAUCAUGUCCCCACUGGCCAAGAAAAAACUUCUGUCCCAGGUGAGCGGGGCCAGCCUCUCCAGCAGUUACCCCUACGGCUCCCCACCACCUUUGAUCAGCAAAAAGAAACUCAUUGCAAGGGAAGAUCUGUGCUCAGGUUUGUCACAGGCCCACCAUGGGCAAACCACUGACCACAUGGCAGUCAACCGGCCGUCCGUGAUUCAGCACGUCCAGAGUUUCAGAAGCAAGCCCUCGGAGGAGAGGAAGAUCAUCAACGACAUUUUUAAGCACGACAAACUGAGUCGAUCGGAUCAGCACCGCUGCAGCUUCUCCAAGCAUCAUCAUCUUAGCAACCUUGCUGACUCCUACGUCCUGAAGCAAGAAAUGCAUGAGGGCAAGGAUAAACUAUUAGAGAAGAGGGCACUGCCCCAUUCCCAUAUGCCUAGCUUCCUAGCAGAUUUUUACUCAUCUCCCCAUCUCCAUAGCCUCUAUAGACACACCGAACAUCAUCUUCAUAGUGAGCAGACAUCAAAGUAUCCUUCCAGGGACAUAUACAGAGAAUCGGAAAACAGUUCUUUUCCUUCCCAUAAGCACCACGAAAAGCUCCAUGUAAAUUAUCUGGCCUCUCUGCAUCUGCAGGACAAAAAGUCCACUGCAGCGGAAGCUCCUACCGACGAUCAGCCCACGGAUCUGAGCCUGCCCAAGAACCCGCACAAACUGACCGGCAAGGUCCUGGGCCUGGCCCCCUCGGCCACCGGGCCCCAGGAAGGCAAAGGGGGCCCCCACUUCCAGGUCAUCGGCAGCCAGGGUCGAGACUGUCACCCCAAAGCCUGUCGGGUAUCACCCAUGACCAUGUCAGCCCCCAAAAAAUACUCCGAAUCCCUUUCAAGAUCGGGAAAACCCCACCAUGUGAGAUUGGAGAAUUUCAGGAAGAUGGAAGGCAUGGUCCACCCCAUCCUGCACCGGAAAAUGAGCCCCCAGAACAUUGGCGCAGCACGUCCCAUCAAGCGCAGCCUGGAGGAUUUGGACCUUGUGAUUGCCGGGAAAAAGGCCCGGGCAGUGUCGCCUCUGGACACUUCCAAGGAGGUCUCUGGGAAGGAGAAGGCCUCCGACCAGGAGUGUGAAGGCAGCAAGGCAGCCCACGGGGGGCAUCCUGCAGGUGGAUCAGAAGGCCACAAGCUCCCGCUCUCCUCGCCCAUCUUCCCGGGUUUGUAUUCUGGGAGCCUGUGUAACUCGGGCCUCAACUCCAGGCUCCCAGCUGGAUAUUCUCAUUCUCUGCAGUACUUGAAAAACCAGACCGUGCUCUCUCCACUCAUGCAGCCCCUGGCUUUCCACUCGCUUGUGAUGCAAAGAGGAAUUUUUACAUCACCAACGAAUUCCCAGCAGUUGUACAGACACUUGGCUGCGGCCACACCUGUAGGAAGUUCGUACGGUGACCUUUUGCACAACAGCAUUUAUCCUUUAGCUGCUAUAAAUCCUCAAGCUGCCUUUCCAUCCUCCCAGCUGUCGUCCGUACACCCCAGUACAAAACUGUAAGCCCAGCUCUACCCAGCAUCCAAAAUGGGCAUGGCCAACAGAGCAUCAGUCCUUAACCUCGGGUUGAUGUCUUAUAGAAUUAGAAGUCAAGAUUUCUUCUAAUCUGGGGGUGAGAUCAGUCCCAGCCACAGAAGCCGAGAGGUGAGGUGAAUAAGCCUGAUUUUUCUGGGAUGACUCCAGCCUUGGCUGGUCAGUUUCUACCCCCUUCCAACAAGGAUGCUCCUGUGCCCUCAGAUCAUUUUGCUUUGCACGUGGAUUUUGUGAAGGGAUUUCUGUAUGUCCAGGAAGAACUUAGAGGAUCCCAUCUGAGUUCAUAUGAUCAGGAGACAAUCUGGGGCAAAAAAAGGGGCAGGCAUUUCAUAAGGAGGGGCAAGAGAGACUGGCAAACAUAUGUCAAGAGAUGCCCUUCCAUUCAUAAAACUCUUUAAGGUUCAAUCAAUGCAAUGUAUAGUGAAACUUCAAUAGACCUUUCAUUUUGACACUAUUAAACAAUCCAGAGAAGUAAACACUGUUAAAUUGACUGUAUAUAUUUGCUUCUUAAAACUACCCGUAUCACUGUUUGCUCACUUAAUUUAUAUACAGGUAGUUCCAUUUUCUCCCAGUUCCUUCUUGUCCCUUUUUUUUUUUUUUUUUU